AUGCUGGCAGAAGGGGAACAAACAGAAGUGUCACUAAAAGGCUCCAAAGAGGAGGUGGAGCAAAGGAAGCUGAGGGUUCAAGAUGGAGGCAGCAGACAAGAGGGGGGACAAAAGCAGAAGCCGGAAGGUGAUUCUGGUACGUCUCAGGGUGGUGAAAAUCAAAUUCGCAGACAGGAGAAAAAGUAUGAAAGCACCAUGUGUGGUAAGAGAUUUGGUCAUCGCUCAGCUCUUACUAUACAUCAAAGUGUACACACAGGAGAGAAACCGUAUACAUGUUCAGCGUGUGGAAAGAGCUUCAGUGACAGUAGCUCCCUUACCUCGCAUCAACAAACUCAUGCCUUGGAGAAACCGUAUAAAUGUUCCAAGUGUGGAAAGAGGUUUAUUCAUAUCCAGAGCCUUACGUUACAUCACCGAACUCAUACAUGGGAGAAACCGUAUAAAUGUUUGGAAUGUGGAAAGAGCUUCUGGCACGGUAGCCACCUUAAGUCACAUCACCGAACCCAUACAGGGGAGAAACCGUAUACAUGUUCAGAGUGUGGAAAGUGCUUCAGUCGAAGUAGUGGCCUUACCUCGCAUCAAAGAAGUCAUACCGGGGAGAAACCUUAUAAAUGUUUUGAAUGUCAAAAGAGCUUCAGUCAGAGUAGUAGCCUUACCUUGCAUCAAAGAUCUCAUACAGGAGAGAAACCGUAUACAUGUUCCGAGUGUGGAAAGAGCUUCAGUCACACUGGUACCCUUACCUUGCAUCAAAGAUCUCAUACAGGAGAGAAACCGUAUACAUGUUCCGAGUGUGGAAAGAGCUUCAGUCACACUGGUGCCCUUACCUCGCAUAAAAGAUCUCAUACAGGGGAGAAACCGUAUACAUGUUCAGAGUGUGGAAGGAGCUUCAGUCAGAGUAGCACCCUUAAGUCACAUCAACGAAUUCAUACAGGGGAGAAACCGCAUACGUGUUUGGAGUGUGGAAAGAGCUUCACUCGCAGCAAUGCGCUUACUACACAUCAACAGACUCAUCAAGGCAGCAAACCUUAUAAAUGCUGGGAAUGUGACAAGAGCUUCAGUCGCAGCUACUCCCUUUUCUCUCAUCAAAGAAUUCAUAUAGGGGAGAAACGAUAUACAUGUUUGGAGUGUGGAAAAAGUUUCAGCCAGAGUUGCACCCUUACCUUGCAUCAAAGAUUGCACACAGGAGAGAAACCUUAUAAAUGUUUGGAGUGUGGCAAGAGCUUCUGUCGUGGUAGCCUUCUCACGUUGCAUCAAAGAACUCAUACAGGAGAGAAACCGUAUACAUGUUCGGAGUGUGGAAGGAGCUUCAGGAGCCGUAGCAACCUUACGUUGCAUCAAAGAACUCAUACAGGAGAGAAACCGUAUACAUGUUCGGAGUGUGGAAGGAGCUUCAGCUUUCACUCAGCUCUUACUUUACAUCAAAGAGUACACACAGGAGAGAAACCGUAUACAUGUUCAGAGUGUGGAAAGAGUUUCAGUCGGUGUGACCAGCUUACCUCGCAUCAGAUAACUCAUACAGGGGGGAAACCGUAUACAUGUUCAGAGUGUGGAAAGAACUUCCCUCAGAUUAGUGCUCUUACCUCCCAUCAACGAACUCAUACAGGAGAGAAACCAUAUAAAUGUUUGGAGUGUGGAAAGAGCUUCAGUUGGAGUGGUACCCUUACCGCACAUCAAAGAACUCAUACAGGAGACAAACUUUAUACAUGUUCAGAGUGUGGAAGGAGCUUCAGUAGGAAAAAUAGCCUUAAGUCGCAUAAAAUAUCUCAUACAGGGGAAAAACCAUAUACAUGUUCCGUGUGUGGAAGGAGCUUCAGUCACAGUAGCCAACUUAAGUCACAUCAACGAAUUCAUACAGGGGAGAAACCGUAUACAUGUUCUGAGUGUGGAAAUAGCUUCACUCGCAGCAGUGCGCUUACUAGACAUCAACAAACUCAUCGAGGCAGCAAACCUUAUAAAUGUUUGGAGUGUGGAAAGAAUUUUAGCCACAGUUGCAGCCUUACCUUGCAUCAAAGACUGCACACAGGAGAGAAACCUUAUAAAUGUUUGGAGUGUGGCAAGAGCUUCUGUCGCGGUAGCCAGCUCACGUUGCAUCAAAGAACUCAUACGGGAGAAAAACCGUAUACAUGUUCGGAGUGUGGAAAAAACUUCAGGUGCAGUAGCUCCCUUACAUUGCAUCAAAGAACUCAUACAGGAGAGAAACCCUAUACAUGUUCGGAGUGUGGAAAAAGCUUCAGUUGCAGUAGCUCCCUUAAGUCGCAUCAAAGAACUCAUACAGGAGAGAAACCCUAUACGUGUUCGGAGUGUGGAAGGAGCUUUUGUCGUGGUACCCAGCUCACGUUGCAUCAAAGAACUCAUACGGGAGAGAAACCCUAUACAUGUUCAGAGUGUGGAAAAAACUUCAGGUGCAGUGGCUCCCUUACGUUGCAUCAAAGAACUCAUACAGGAGAGAAACCCUAUACAUGUUCAGAGUGUGGAAAAAGCUUCAGUAGCAGUAGCUCCCUUAAGUCGCAUGAAAGAACUCAUACAGGAGAGAAACCCUAUAAGUGUUUGGAGUGUGGAAGGAGCUUCUGUCGUGGUAGCCAUCUCACAUUGCAUCAAAGAACUCAUACAGGGAGCUUCACUCAAAGUAGUGGCCUUACCUUGCACCAAAGAUCUCAUACAGGGGAGAAACCAUAUACAUGUUCAGAGUGUGGAAAGAGCUUCACUCAAAGUAGUGACCUUUCUUUGCAUCAACACAUUCAUACAGGGGAGAAACCGUAUACAUGUUCUGAGUGUGGAAAGAGCUUCAGUCACAGCAGUGCGCUUACUAGACAUCAACAAACUCAUCGAGGCAGCAAACCUUAUAAAUGUUGGGAAUGUGGCAACAGCUUCAGUCGCAUCGACUCCCUUUCCUUGCAUCAAAAAAUUCAUAUAGGGGAGAAACGAUAUACAUGUUUGGAGUGUGGAAAGAGCUUCACUCAGAAUGGCACCCUUACGUUGCAUCAAAGAGUGCACACAGGAGAGAAACCUUAUAAAUGCUUGGUGUGCGGGAAGAGCUUCAGUCGUGGUAGCUCCCUUAUGUUGCACCAGCGAACGCAUACAGGAGAGAAAACGUAUACAUGUCCAGAGUGUGGAAAAAGCUUCAUUUGCAGUAGCUCCCUUAUGUUGCAUCAAAGAACUCACACCGGGGACAAACCAUAUAAAUGUUCCGAGUGUGGAAAGAGCUUCAGUCAUCGCUCAACUCUUACUAUACAUCAAAGAGUACACACAGGAGAGAAACCGUAUACAUGUUCAGCAUGUGGCAAGAGCUUCAGUGACAGUAGCUCCCUUACCUCGCAUCAACAAACUCAUGCAUUGGAGAAACCGUAUAAAUGUUCCAAGUGUGGAAAGAGGUUCAUUCAUAUCCAGAGCCUUACGUCACAUCACCGAACUCAUACAUGGGAGAAACCGUAUAAAUGUUUGGAAUGUGGAAAGAGCUUCUGGCACGGUAGCCACCUUAAGUCACAUCACCGAACUCAUACAGGGGAGAAACCGUAUACAUGUUCAGAGUGUGGAAAGUGCUUCAGUCGAAGUAGUGGCCUUACCUCGCAUCAAAGAACUCAUACCGGGGAGAAACCUUAUAAAUGUUUUGAAUGUCAAAAGAGCUUCAGUCAGAGUAGUAGCCUUACCUUGCAUCAAAGAUGUCAUACAGGAGAGAAACCUUAUAAAUGUUCAGAGUGUGGAAAGAGCUUCAGUCGAAGUAGUUCCCUUAUCUUGCAUCUACGAACUCAUACAGGAGAGAAACCUUAUACAUGUUCCGAAUGUGGAAAGACCUUCAGUCACACUGGUGCCCUUACCUCGCAUAAAAGAUCUCAUACAGGGGAGAAACCAUAUACAUGUUCAGAGUGUGGAAAGAGCUUCAGUCAAAGUAGUGACCUUUCUUUGCAUCAACGAAUUCAUACAGGGGAGAAACCGCAUACGUGUUUGGAGUGUGGAAAGAGCUUCACUCGCAGAAAUGCGCUUACUACACAUCAACAAACUCAUCAAGGCAGCAAACCUUAUAAAUGCUGGGAAUGUGACAAGAGCUUCAGUCGCCGUUACUCCCUUUUCUUGCAUCAAAAAAUUCAUAUAGGGGAGAAACAAUAUACAUGUUUGGAGUGUGGAAAGAGUUUCAGACAUAGUUACACCCUUACCUUGCAUCAAAAAUUGCACACAGGAGAGAAACCUUAUAAAUGUUUGGAGUGUGGAAAGAGCUUCUCUCGUGGUAGCCUUCUCACGUUGCAUCAAAGAACACAUACAGGAGAGAAACCGUAUACCUGUUCGGAGUGUGGAAAAAGCUUCAGGUGCAGCAGCUCCCUUACGUUGCAUCAAAGAACUCAUACAGGGGAGAAACCAUAUACAUGUUCGGAGUGUGGGAAAAGCUUCAGGUGCAGCAGUUCCCUUAAGUCGCAUCAAAGAACUCAUACAGGGGAGAAACCGUAUACAUGUUCGGAGUGUGGGAAAAGCUUCAGUCUCAGUGGUAGCCUUACUAGACACCAAAGAACUCAUACAGGGAGGAAAUCUUAGAAAUGUUUGGCCGGACUCCCUUACUAAACUGAAAAGAACUCGUACAAGGGAAACAGAAAAGUUGGAGUGUGGGAAGAUCUUUAAUCAUAUCAAAUAACUCCUACAGAGAGUAAGCCAAUGAUUGUGUUCAGAAUUAGAACUUGCUUCCAUUAGAAUUUUUAUUCCUUUUAGUGGCUGUGUUACAUAUUGUUCUCCUUAUCAGAGUUAGUUUUACAUAGCUAUAAGAUUGAG